AUGGAGAGAGCUGAUAAUGAUGCAGCUGAGAAGCUAAACCCCUCAUCUCCAUUUGAGUCUUCUUUUUAUCUUGCAGAUGAGAGGAUCUGUUCACCACCCUUUAUGGAGCUGACAAGUGCCUGUGGAGAAGAUACCUUGCAGCUUAUAGAGAAGAAUGGACUGGCGUUCCCAUUCAUUUGUAAAACCAGAGUGGCCCAUGGAACCAACUCUCACGAGAUGGCAAUCAUCUUCAACCAGGAAGGCCUCAAAGCUGUUCGGCCCCCUUGUGUCAUUCAGAGCUUCAUCAAUCACAAUGCCGUGCUGUAUAAAGUCUUCGUGGUUGGGGAAUCCUACACGGUGGUGAAAAGGCCAUCUUUAAAGAACUUCUCUGCGGGAAUCUCAGACAGAGAAUCGAUAUUUUUCAACAGCCACAAUGUUUCAAAACCAGAAUCCUCAUCUGUCUUAACAGCACUGGAUAAAAUCGAAGGAGUAUUUGAGCGGCCAAACGAUGACGUCAUCCGGGAAAUUUCUAAGGCACUGCGGCAAGCUCUGGGAGUUUCCCUCUUUGGAAUUGAUAUCAUCAUUAACAAUCAGACUGGCCAGCAUGCGGUCAUUGAUAUAAAUGCAUUCCCAGGAUAUGAGGGUGUUUCUGAAUUUUUCACGGAUCUCCUGAACCACAUAGCUGCUGUCCUGCAGGGUCAGGCACCCGAGGUGACCCAGCUAAACCGCAGCAAGUUCCUGGCAGAGCAGACCAGCGGGAUCACGGACGAGCGGAUAUGCUGCGCUAGCACGGGCUGUCUCAGCGUCAGGGGAAAAGACUCCUCCUGGAUUGUGGAAAGCGAGACCAACAGCUCAGUAAAACUGCAACACCAGAGACUAGGCUGUAACUCGGCAGUGUCCCCCAGCUUCCAGCAGCACUGCGUCGCUACAUUGGCCACAAAAGCUUCUUCUCAAUAACUUGCCAAUGCCAUGGACUGAGAAAAAGCCACAGGGAUGCAAAUUGCGGUCCCAGAACCAGAUCAGGCUGUAACAAUACGAUUGCGAAAAAUGAAAAAGAAAAAA